AUGUGGCUCAGACUGAGGAGAGUACGGGCCAGAGGCUGCUGGACAUGGAGGAGGAGAAGCAGCAAAGGGAGAGGGAGCUGGAGAGCCUGGAGGAGCAGCUGAGGCAGCACACAGCCAAGGGCCAGAUGACCGACUCAGAGUUACAAUUCCUGCAGAGAGAGUUGGACAGUCUGAGAAACACCGAACACGAGCUGGAGACGCUGCAGAGCGAGGUGGAUGAAGACACGACCGAGGUCAUCCCGUCAGCAGUAUACGUGUCUCAGCUGUACUACCUAAUUUCCAAGAUCAAGUGGGAAUAUGACACCCAGCCCAACAUCUUAAGAGGAGUGCACUACGGCGCAGACCUGGCGACUCCCAUCAACAUCGACACCUCUGCGAGAUCUCGAAAUGACGUAAGCGACCAGCUGUGGGGCUUUGUCAGCACUGAGUGGUAGAUGGAGGAUGGUGGUGGUGUCCGAAAUCUUGUGCACCCUUUUUUUUGUUUGUCUGUAAAUGUUUUUGUCUUCUUCUGUCCUUUACAUUUAUUCUUCUGUUCGACACAACACGGAUACUGUUUAUAAAUUAAAUAUC